GACGUUUCGCCAGAGAGUGAAAAUAGGAGUUGGUUUGUCACGUUCUCACCUUUGUGCUUCAACUCGCUCGUCCAUGUCAAGUUUGGGCAGGUAACUAGGACACGCCCAUCCAGGUGAGUCAACCCGGAAGUGGCCGAGCAACUCAGGCUCAAGGGCAGGUAACUAGGACACGCCCAUCUAGGUGAGUCAACCCGGAAGUGGCCGAGCAACUCAGCUUCGAGGGCAGGUGAGCAUUCACAAUAAUGCGCUUUUAACACCAUGAGAGCUGAGAAGUGUCGGUGACGCGGGGAUUAUUGUUUACUGCUUCCUCGGAUGGUGGAUUAAACAUCAUGUCUUGGCUACAUCUCGGACUGCUCCUGGUGCUGACUGCACACACUGCAGAGGGAAACCCAGUCACUGUGACCACUGACAGAUACACCAGGGUGACCAUACGCAGACCAGCAGAGGGUCCUAACUGUUCUGUGUGUGUAGGUGAAGACUUCUCCCAGACGUGUGGUACAAAACACAUCAUCACUGUUUCUCAGACCACUCAGGUGAACUUCACCUGCAGCAAACCCCAGAACAUCUUCACUAUUGAGAUUAACAGGAACUUUGAUUGCUCAAAGCCUUGCACCUAUGAUUCCAUACGUGCAGACUGGUCCACCUUCCAAGACUUCAACAGAACCUUUACAUGGAAAAUGAAGGUCACAUAUCCCAAGUCAUUUCAGCUCGAGUUUCCAGCUCCAGGACUAAGACAAAUCCAGUCAUUAGAACAAUGUCCAGACAAACACUUUUACUCACUCUUAAUGUAUUUAAGGGCAGGACCCGUGAACUUCGGCAAAUUCUGUCAAAACGGCACAAUCACUCGCAUCCAGAUUGUUUGGAAAGGACGCAUAACUCUGAAGGUUCCCAGUGGAACAACUCCGAGCUCAUUUGCCAUCAAAUACUCUGAGGCCGUUGGUUCGGCAGUGGCUAUAGAUGCCGUCCUUUCUCAUGGCCAAGCGGACACAGAUUUCCUCAGUGCCAGUGGCAUUCCUGCUGAUUGUACAAUAACGUGGAACUUUGUGUUACCCCCCAAGCAUAACUUCACAGUUGAUUUUGUGAAAUACAACAUGCCAGAAUGCCAAAGCAAACCAGUUAAAGUGAUGUACCAGCAGGCCAACAUGGCUGCAGUGGAAAAAACACUGCUGGAUCCCCAGCCUAGUAAUUAUCAGGGAAACUUCAGCUUGUCUUUGAGAAACUGUGACAUCAAGAGUGCUGGAGUUCUCUUUCUGCACUUUAGGGUGUCUGUGUUCAGGAGUGGAUUUCCAGAUUUGUGCAUGAUGGAUCUUCAGACUGAUGAAGGGCUGAGUCUUCAGAUUGAGAAGAAGAAUCAGGACUCUUUCUGUGAGAUGGGUGUGAAUACGGUGGUGCAGGAGAAGAUUGUUGUGCCAGCAGGCUCCAAAGCCAACCUGUCCUUCCUGGACUGCCCUAAGGACAAUCUUCUUCUCACAGCCACUAAGACCAUUGAGUGCGGGGGUUUGUCCUCAUGUUUAGAAGGCAGGACUUUCCUCACUAUCCCUGUGGUAGACUCCUGCCUGCCUCUGCCCCUCAGCCAGGUCAUGUGGGUGUUGAAUGUUCCUGAGCAGGGCAGUGUGGAGCUGAGCUCACCUCAGGGCAGCCUGUAUCUGUCAGUGCCUGGAGUGCAGGAGUGUGGUGACACGCUGUCUGCGCUGGUCUCUGAAGCCGACGGUGUCGAUGUUGGCCGUUUCUGCUCUGCUAGCAAAGGCAUCAUUCAGAAAGUUCAAAUCUCCUCCAACAUCACUGUUACUGCCACCGCAGAAGGGAAUAAGGACCUCAGACAAGAGAAAUCUCCGGUCCUUAAUGUGUCCUUUAGCUCAGAGGUCUCAGACACCUUUAUCUACACCGUCUCUCCACUUAUCUCAACCCCUGUGUUCCUUGUGACACCCAACUGGCCCGGGGCUAUGAAGCCAGACUCCACCACGUCAUGGAUCGUAAAUGUUCCAGAGGAGUACGGUGCUCAGUUGUGCUUCAUCAACGUCAGCUUGCCAGUGUGUCGUAACAGUCAUGCUGAAAUUAAAAUUCAGGAACAAGGCUCAACUGUGGAGACGGGCUUCAGGGAGGAUGAGCAGUUGGUUCUUAAACACAACAUUUUGAGGAGCUUCAGCCUCAGCAUGUCCAACUGUGAACUUGAGGAAGGCAAAUUUGCCGUUCUCAGUAAGAUCUCCUUGCAGAAGAAGCCCAGAAAUCUGCUAAUCAUCAUUUUGGGUGUAGUUGGAGCACUGCUGGCUGUCAUGAUCAUCCUUCUUACUGUAGUCUGUCUGUUAGUAAGAAAAAAGACGCGGAAAAUGACCAACCCGUACUCCAUCUACAUUCCCAAAGGGAAUGCUUCCCUUCCUAGUGAUGCCACUUUGCCAAACACACGAGCCUACAACGAGUCUCAUGUGUACACCUCCAUCGACGAGACCAUGGUGUAUGGGCAUCUUCUGCAGCAGGACGGAAGUGGCCCCGGACACUUCAACGGACAUCAAGUGGACGGUUAUAAUGCCUUCACCGGCCCCAUGGACAAGACCAUUAAGGAUCCUGGAUAUGAGCAGAAUGAGGAGCGAGGACCUGAUGAGGAUGCUCACUGGCCUUUCCUGGCUCCACCCAUAACCUUUAUCCCUUUCAGGCCUUGCACUCCAUUGUGGCAUCUAGACUCAUUUGACUAUGAGGACCGUAGGAUGGUAGAUAACAAACUGUCUACGUUCAAAUCCCCGGGUGAGGCGAAUCCGAUCCGCCUCUCUGCUGCAGAACCAGCGCUUCUGCCCGAGUCGGAGCCCGACUCCUCUGAGCCUGUGCAGUUUGAUCAAGAUUAUGAUGAGUCCAUGUAGAACAGAGGAAAAUAAACCAUGUGACUCAAGCGCUGGGAGAUCUGAUCUAGGAUCAGACAGUACAUCUGAUUUCUGAUGGUUAGAUAUGAAAGAAGUCUGACCUUCUGCUCCUGAAGGUUAGAAAAGCAAGCAGCGUUUACCUGCAUGUACUGAACAGCAACAGUAAAGAUGUAUGACACACACACAGAGUUCUCGGUGCCCCUUUAAAUCUUUCACUUUCUGCUUCUGUGAAACCUGUGUUUGUUUUUAUUUGUAUUUUUUUUCCCCUCAAAUCAAGUCUACUGACUAAAACUCCCACUGAUACUUUAUCUGUUUGUUCUAACUUCUCUUCUGUGUAACUGCAUGAGAUGCAUCAGGAUUUUAUUCUUGCUGUUUUGGGGAAAGUUUUUUAUUUGCUAGUUGUUUGUCUGAUACUUCAGGCUUCAUCUGAAGAAUGUCCAUUAUUGUGGAUUCAAGUUUGCAAAUGUUCAUUUAUUUUGUCAUGUUUUAAUGUUUUAUUACUUUUCACAUUUUUAAAUAAUAAAUUUUAAUUCUUAAAGCAGA